AUGCGGAGAAUUUUUUUUUUAUUUUUCCUACAAAUCGAUAAUAAAUCGAUAGAUAACCUUAAAGGAUAUAAAUGUUGGGUUUGCACUAAAAAGACUGGAUACGGUCCUGUCGAAUCGAAAUCGAAUUCUAAAAAUGUCGACGAACACAAAAAAUGGAUACACGAUCCAAACAGCGAACUUUGUAAAUCGUUAAAUUGUAAGAAAAAAGAAAUUUGCUUGCUCGACGAUACUUUUGCCGCCUUUUGCGUUAGUAAAAAAGAAAUUCACAAAAAUGGGAACGUUAUCGUGACGAAAUCGAAAGUGACGGAUAUGCCGCCAAAAGAUACCGACGAUGACGUUGAUGAUGAUGACGAUGCCGACGAAGAUGACGAUGAUGAUGAUGAUGACGACGAUGAUAUUUUCUACGAUUCGGAAGAUGGUCAAGACGAUGAUGAAUCUACAGAUUCAGUGCCACGGUGUAAAACGUGUCCAAUAGUCAAGCCAACGUUUCUUUGUGGUAACGACAAUCGUACCUACAGUUCUCUCUGUCGUUUGGACUAUCACAAUUGUUUACAUAAAACCCACGUGAAAAUAUCAUGCAAAGGAUUUUGCCCAUGUAAAGGUGAACUCGAUCUCAUGUUGAAGAAAAAACAAAAACAAGCGGAAAGAAUGAAUAAUUUAAUGGCUAAAUUUCGUACUACGAUGGAAAAAGAAAACAAAUACAAAUCGCAAAAACAAAUAAACGGAAACAGCAACAACAGCAACAACAACAACAACAAAUUCGACAGCCUAGAAAAAUCAUAUAAGGUUUUGAAAUACGACAAAUACAAUCAGAAAAAUGUUUUCGAUAAGAAAAAAUAUCAGGAUAAAUACAGUUACGUUCCGGAAGAUUUCAAAUACGACAACAAACAUUAUAAAUAUAUUAAAUAUAAAAAAUACAACAAGGAGGGUUACGGAGCAGACGACAAAUCACACAACGAAGUCAUCGAAACGAAAAUAAUGUGGCCGACGACGAAAGAUUGUUCACCGAGCGGUCUUCAAUCUAUGGGCAACAGAUUGUUGGAUUGGUUUUCCGUCGUCAUGUCAGAAUCUAAAAGGCGUAAACCGUCAAAGGUCAAAGGUGAUUUACCCAAUUGGUGCAAGAGCGAAGUCAGGUGGAUGUUUGGGUAUUUGGAUUUGAACGGAGAUGAAAAACUAUCGUUGCAAGAACUCUACCACAUGGAACACGAUCAUUCGGAAAAAUGCGUCAAACCCUUCGUUGACAGUUGCGACACGGAUCGCGACAUAUUUAUAUCCCCUAAAGAAUGGUGUCACUGUUUCGAUAAAACUGAUAGACCGUGUACGGCGGCUAAAAGAAGACUUUCACCGGAUAUGUUGGGUGUUUUCGUACCCGAUUGCGACAACCAAGGUUAUUUCCGUUCAACGCAAUGUCACACAUCGACCGGAAUGUGUUGGUGUACGGAUAAACACGGUGUGGAAUAUGCAAAUACGAGAAUAAGAGGAAUGCCAAAUUGCGAAAAACUAAUCGAAAAAUCAAAAUUGAAAGAUGUGGGUAAAAAGGAAAUGAACGUGAACGAUAAGAUAAAUAUAGAUGACGAAGAUGAAGAUGACGAUGAUGGUAACGACGAAAGUGAUUUCGAAGGAAGCGCGGACCAGCCGUUAGAUUUUUAA